GCAGAAGGUAAAGAAACCAAAUACAGUGUCUCCAGGAGCCACAGGGCAUGUAGUUUUGAAUAUAAACAGAAUAUGUGUUUCAGGCCUGACGUCAUCGUAACCUGUUUGCAUAUGUCCUUCUGUGUACACUAUACUUGUACACAGUUGAUGCCUGGUAACAAUAGAUAACUCAAGCAAACAGAGUUGCUUAAAAACCUGAGAUUCUGUCUGUUCAUCUUAAGUGAAACAGGGUGUGUCUGCUUCAGAUUUAAAUCAACUGCAUUGAAGCACAGUCUUGCAGGAACCCUAACAGAUGGAUGGUGGGCUCAUGUGCCCCCAAAGUGAACUUUCAGAUAGACGGGCCACCUUGUUUGCCAUGUCAGUGUGACACCAAAUCCUCAUGAGAUCUGCAGUCAUAUGCAAAGCAGACAGGCUGUAUGGAGACGGCUUCCUUCUCUCUUUGAUAACAUGACUGGAAGCCAGCUGGACUUUGGCCAUCUCUGUAGGCUGACAGGUGAUUCAGGUGAUCUGACGAAGGAAGAUUAGGGAGUGUCUUUGAUUUUACUGGAUUAAUGGAAUUUCAUAAGGGCUGUGGAUGCUGGUGUGACAGGAACUGAGGAAACAUGUAUAUUUUUAGACUCAGUCUUUUUCUUCUGACCACUACGGUGGCCUCCGCUCAGCUGCAGCUACAGCCUCUGAAUGCAGCGGUGCUCCGUGGGUCAAAGGCUCGCUUCAACUGCAGCACAACUCAGCCCCCAUCUGUCAUGAACUGGAUGGUCAACGGACGCUUGGUCAUCACCAUUCUGGAAGCGUCUGGGGUGUUUAACUUCACAGAUCGUUUUUCGGCCCAAAAUUUCACCACACCUGGAGAUUACAAAUGGGAGUUUAUAAUUAGCAACGUGCAGAGAGACGAUGCGGGUGAAGUCACCUGUCAGGUUUUGGGUGGAGCGCCUCAAUUGGCCACACUGUCUAUACAAGAAAGUGGCAGUGUGGAAAUCGUAGGUGGAAAUCAGACCAAAAUGGAGGGAGUUCAGACAGAGUUUCAGUGCAGGGCUGUGGGCUGGUUUCCUGAACCCAGCAUGUCCUGGUCUGUAAAUGGAGUGGCAAAUUCCUGCAACAGAAGCUCUGUAGCACAGGGAAACCUGUUUAACUCCAUCUGCACGCUGACGGUCACUGCUGUAAAAAAUUCUUCUGUUCAGUGUCUGGUCAGUGUGCCUGCCCUGAGCACACCGGACACCAGCACUGUCUUUCUGACCGUUGAAAAGCUUGCUAAAAGAGACCAGACGGUGUUGAUCGCUGUCACUGUGGCCUUCAGUGCUGCGGCUCUAUUGUUUCUAAUCAUCUACGCAAUUUUUUUCUUCUGCAUGAGAAGGAAGAAAAAGUCAAGCUACCAAGAGGAGAUCAGGAGGGCAAGAAUCCAGUCCCAGAUUAGGACGCCUUCCACAGAAAAUGUGCAAGGACAGGACAACCAAGGAUAUAUUAGAGAUGGACAUGAUGGAAACACCACCAAUGGAGUCUGGUACACAAACCAUUCUGACAAACAUCAGAUGACCGGUAUUUUAUUUGAUGAUGCUCACAGGAAGCACAGACACAUGACCAUCGUCUAGAGACUAAAUGAUGGACUUCACAGACAGGUGUUCUGGUUCUCUUCUUCUCUCUUGUACAUAAAAUCAUCAUUUUAGGUUUAAUUACAGAGGAAAGAGAGACCGAGGGACUUAUGGUGAUCUGUUUCAACUCCACUGGAUUAUUUAUUGGAACACAAGUAUUUUCUUGGUGGUCUCUGACUUUUGUACCCCAAUGAUUACUGUAGAUAAUCACCAAGAACAGAUAAACAUGGUCAAAAUAAGGGUGGUCGGGUUGGUAAAGACCGGCCGGAAAUCACUUGUCUGUUUAGCUAAACAAACCAAUAUGACAGAAAUGUUGAUUCAUUUUAAAAUCCUUCAUGCAUUUCCACAGCAGGUUUGUUUGAAUCAACAUCUUCCUGUUUUCUCCUGAAUCAAAAAAAUGAUCAGCAUAUGACACAACACACCCCAUGAGAGUUUUAAACCAAUUAAACCAAAAGAUAUUUCAUGAGAAGAUCAUCUUUUGCGACACAUCAUGCUUCACGGAACAUGAUGCGGUUAAUCAAAACCACUGAUCUUUAACUCAUCACAUUCAGGGGAAAAACUGUCAUGUCACUGAAAGUGUCAUGAAAUGCACUGGAACUAUGUGAUGCUUAUUAAUACAUCAAUUAAUCAAUAGUAUAAAAUGUACACAUUUUUGUGUAGUUUUCACUUAUCUGUGUUUCACACUUUAACAGCUCUAUGAUCCAUUAAAUGGAUUACAAGCAUUUUGAACAAAUGUUUUUUUAUAAACCUAGGUGUAAAUUAUUUGUAUUUUUUUAUUUUCUUGUUUUAAGAAUGAACCUCACUUUUAAGGUUUAAACAAGAACAAUAUUAAGCAAUGUACUCUAAAUUAAUCCAACUUGUAUUUUAUUUUGCUACUCAAUUUUAAGGCUAUUUGUACAUUCUUAAAAAA